CCUGCAGGAGGAGGAGGAGGAGCCCAGAGAGAGAGAGGGCAGAGCCGGCUGAUGUUCGGGCAGAGCAGCAGCAGGCAGGCGGGCACAGAGGCGGACAGAGAAGAUAGGGACCAGGGGAGUUAACCUGAAAACAACACUGUUACAUUCAAUCAUUCCUCGUUUGUUGAAGACAGCUGAUUUACAGCUUCAUCUGAAAGAUGGGGAACCGGGUCGCCCGUGAGGACUACGAGUGGGUCUACUCGGACCAGCCGCACGCAGACAGGAGGAAGGAGAUCCUGGCCAAAUACCCGGAGAUAAAGUCGUUGAUGGGUCCGGACCCCCGGCUGAAAUGGAUUGUAUGCAUGAUGGUGGCGAUACAGUUUUUAGCUUUUUACCUGGUCAAAGACUUGGACUGGAAGUGGGUUUUGUUUUGGACUUAUGCCUUUGGCAGCUGCAUCAACCACUCAAUGACCCUUGCUAUUCAUGAGAUCUCCCACAACACGGCCUUUGGAAACAACAAAGCCAUGUGGAACCGCUACUUCGCCAUGUUCGCCAACCUGCCUAUCGGCCUGCCGUACUCGGCCUCUUUCAAACGCUAUCACCUGGACCACCACCGCUACCUGGGGGGCGACGGGGUGGACGUAGACAUCCCCACGGAGUUCGAAGGCUGGUUCUUCUGCACCCGCUUCCGCAAGUUCAUCUGGAUUAUGUUGCAGCCGCUGUUCUACGCCAUCCGACCUCUCUGCAUCAACCCCAAACCCAUCACGCAGCUGGAGCUGACCAACGUGGCCGUGCAGCUCACCUUCGACUUCCUGCUGUACUGGCUCUGGGGGGCCAAGCCCGUGGUCUACAUGCUGGCCGGAUCCAUGCUGGGGAUGGGCCUGCAUCCCAUCUCUGGUCACUUCAUAGCCGAGCACUACAUGUUCCUGAAGGGCCACGAGACCUACUCCUACUACGGCUCCCUGAACCUGCUCACCUUCAACGUGGGCUACCACAACGAGCACCACGACUUCCCCAGCAUCCCGGGACGGAGGCUGCCCAUGGUGAAGAAGAUAGCAUCCGAGUACUACGAUGACCUGCCUCAGUACUCCUCCUGGAUGAAGGUCCUGUACGACUUCAUCAUGGACGACGCUCUGAGCCCGUUCUCUCGAAUCAAGAGAAAGCUGAAGGGAGACGUCAAACAGGAGUAACUCCACCACAGCGUCCGCCAUGACGGCAGCUCUGCUCGCCAUCCUACAGACUUAACAGCUUUUAGCAUAUUAACUCACUUCACAUGAGACAUGGGGGAGGAGAGCGUGUACAUUUGGUGGAGUUUGGUAGAGUGCUUUACUGCUUUUCCUCCACACGAGAGAAUACUUGUAGUUUUUUGUAAUCCAGAUCAGAAAGUCCAAGCCAGGCGAUGUUGGAUUUAAAGUAUGAGAGUUUGUUGUUAGUGUGAUUCUAGGCAGUACCUGGGACUGGUUGCACAACCACGAGCCAGACCAAACCAUAAACGUAGGUCACACUGUCAGCUGCUUGCCAUCGGUCAGCAGUUAGAACAAGGCGGUCUGGCUUUGUUCUUAGUCGUCUUUCAAAUCUACAGAAAUGUGUUUGUGCAACCGGCCCUGGAAAUAAGCAAACGAGAUGCGUUCACUGCCGACUCCAAACCAGUCCAAAGGGGGGUCUGAGCAAUCCCACGGUCGUCUAUUUCAGAAUGAACUGAAGCUUUGAUGGUAGACACUUCUUCUUCCUCUAUCAGACGUUUGCAGAUUAAGGUCAACAUCAAGAUGGCAGCUCUGCCAUAGGUCACAGCAUCCCUAUGUGCGUGUGUGUGUGUGUGUGUCUGGUGUGUGUGUGUGUGUUUCUGCGUGGACCAAAAGUGAACUCUGCGUGAGUUAACAUCCAUCCGAUGAACUGAGUGUGAUUCUGUCUGUUCUUUGAGGGGGAGGCUCUCAUUGGUUGAUUGAUUUAUUAAGACGUUCACCUUUGUCAGCCUGUGACCCUACGUGCACCGUCUCCACUGCUGUACCUUUAACAUGUUAUAAUCGUCAUAUCAACACAAUGACAGGUGGACUUAAAGACAGGCAUUUGAAGGUUCUGGUGUAUGUGAGAGGAGAGAGUCUAACCCAUUAGUGCCUCAGCGUUUCUCCAUGUUUGUAGUCUUAAUUCAAAUCGUAUGAAUUUAUUCACUUUGGUGAAAAAACUUUAUGCCAAAAAGUGACUUCUUCCAAAUCCUAUUUAUAUUAUUCAUCAGUUAACUUUGCACACUCUGAAGCCAAUAACGUGAUAAUUAAAAGACUUAUACUCUGGGCAGUAAGGAGUCAUCUUUGAGACAGCAGUGAUGUGUUGUUCUGUCAGAAGUGCUCCAAAUAAAAUUGAUUCAAUCACAAUCAA